AUGACAAGUAAGAGGAAUGCUGCGCUCCAUCCAAGCGGAUCACUUUUACGCACAAUGGAAACGCCGAUCUCAUCCAAACAGAGCAUCACCGGGUUUAUGCUCAUCGUGUCAGUGAUGCUGCUCGUCCCUGUCCGACCAGCAUCAGGUCACCCUCAGUGCCUGGACUUCGAGCCACCUUUCAAGCCACAGUGGCACCUGGAGUUCUGCACGCAGUACGAGGACUUUGGCUGCUGCGACCAGAAAACUGACAACACGAUCGCGGAGAGGUACUGGGAUAUCAUCGAUCAGCUGGAGGUGGGGGGUCAGGAGCUCUGCGCGGACAUGCUGAAGGAAAUUAUGUGUCAGGAGUGCUCUCCGUAUGCCGCCCACCUCUUUGAUGCUGAGGAUCCCUACACACCUGUCCGAGAGCUCCCUGGCCUUUGCUCCGGCUACUGCUCCGAGUUUCACAGCAAAUGCCGCCAUGUGGUUAAAUAUUUAACAGCCAACCAGCGGCUCCAGGACGCCUCAGAGCGGGACAUAACCACGUUCUGCACCAUGGUGGACCUGUCCGACCAGGACUACUGCUACCCCAACGUCCUGAAGAGCCCCGGCCUCAACAGCAACCUGGGAGAGGUGGUGGAGGACCCCAGAGGGUGUCUGCAGCUGUGCCUGACUGAGGUGGCCAAUGGUCUGAGAAACCCAGUGCUGAUGCUGCACAGCAGGGACGACACACACCGGAUGUUCAUCGCCGAACAGGUUGGCUUCGUCUGGGUUUACCUCCCCGACGGCAGCCGGCUGGAGCAGCCUUUCCUGGACAUGAGCGGGGAGGUGAUGACCACGCCCUGGCUGGGGGAUGAGAGGGGCUUCCUGGGCAUGGCCUUCCACCCAAACUACCGGGACAAUGGACGCUUCUUCAUCUACUACUCCAUCCAGUUCAACAGCAAGGUGGAGAAAAUCAGAAUCAGUGAGAUGAAGGUUUCUGCCUCUGACAUGAACACGGCUGAUCCUUACUCAGAGAGGGUCAUUUUAGAGAUCGAGGAGCCGGCAGCAAACCACAACGGAGGCCAGCUGCUGUUCGGUCUGGACGAGUAUCUGUACAUCUUCACUGGAGAUGGUGGGAAAGCAGGGGAUCCAUUUGGGAAGUACGGCAACUCACAAAACAAGAGUGCCCUGUUAGGAAAAGUACUGCGCAUCGAUGUGGAUGGAUUCGACUCUGGUGGACUUCAGUACAGGAUCCCCCCUGAUAAUCCCUUCAUCAGGGACUCAGACGCUCGCCCAGAGGUGUUUGCAUACGGCGUCCGAAACAUGUGGCGCUGCUCGGUGGACCGAGGAGAUCCGGUCAGCCGCUACGGCAGGGGUCGGAUAUUCUGCGGAGAUGUUGGUCAAAACCGCUACGAGGAGAUCGACAUUAUCGAGAAGGGAGGAAACUACGGAUGGAGGGCCAAAGAGGGCUUCGAGUGCUAUGAUCUGAAACUUUGCCAAAACUCGUCCCUGAAUGACAUCCUCCCUAUCUUUGCGUACAGCCAUCAUGUUGGGAAGUCUGUGACAGGGGGAUAUGUGUACCGGGGAUGUGAAUCACCCAAUCUGAACGGCCUCUACGUUUUUGGAGACUUCAUGAGUGGUCGAAUCAUGGCCUUAGAAGAAGACAGAAUGACAGGAGUCUGGAAAGAAAGGAGUGUGUGCAUGGGCAAUAAGAAGACCUGCUCUUUCCCUGGACUCAUCAACCAUUACCACAAGUUCAUCAUCUCGUUUGCUGAAGACGAAGCAGGAGAGCUGUAUUUUCUGGCAACGACGUACCCGAGUGCCAUGUCUCCUUAUGGAACAGUGUUUAAAUUUAUGGACCCUUCGAGGAGAGCUCCUCCGGGAAAAUGCAAGCAGAAGCCGCUCCCUGUCAAAGUGAAGGGCAAGAAGUUUCCAUUUGUGCCCAGGGAACUGACUGUGCUGGACACAAAAGCGAAACCUACGAGACCACCGCCGAGAAAAUUCAAGCUCACCACCAAACCGCCAGUGACAAGCAACCAGGUCAAACCCCCGGCGACGACAACGACCGGGGCCAAGAUGACAACGGCGAGCAACGUCGUAAAGCUGAAAUUAGCCGAUAAGGAGGCGAGUGGCAAAAACAAGCUGAAGCCUCAGAAGAAAAACAAAAUGCUGAACAAGCAGGAAGCUACGAAACAAAUGAAGAGCAAAGCCCCGAGGCCGAAACCCGACAAACCGCCGAAGAAGACGGCAGGGAAAAAGCCCGUCGUGGUCAAAGGUAAAAUGAAACCGAAGACAAAUCAAACGGAGAAUCUGGGCGACGUGAGGACCUCCAACAGCCUGAAGGACAACAAAAUCCACACGAAGAGGAAGAGCCCCCCGAGGAAGGCUGCGCUGAAGCAAACUGGACUUAAGGUCAAAAUAAAAGCAAAAGAACAGCCUGGCCUCGUGAACAAAACUAUGAUAAACUUGAAUGUAAAAAGCAACAGAACAACGAGGCCCCAGCUGAAGAUAAAAAGCAGGCAAACAAGAGAUGUGAAAGCACUUUAA